AUGUGGACUUUGUGUCUUCUCUGCGUCUGUUUAUUCCGGUUGUCGUACAGUGAUGCAGAAACGGUUGCUAACGUCGCGGCUGAAGGCAGCGCGGAGCUGCAGAGGGUUCGGAACCUUGCCGCUCAACCGCGCUAUGGUGAAUGUUGGUCUACCGCGCUGGAGAAGAUCGACGCGCGUUGCAGAGAAUUCACAGUUGACAUGCAGAGUAGGAUUGCCCUACUUUUCACCCACUGUCACCUGCGCAAGUAAAUAAACACUUUUUUUUUUUUUUUUUGCUUUAUUAAAUAAUUGCUGACAGCUCUAUGUUAGUGUAGCAUGGUUAGACCUUUGGCCAUUAUCAUGACUCAAAUUGCAUUGGCUGUAAAGCCCCCUUGUGUUCUCGAGUUACUGUAGGUAGACUUAUUGAAAUGUUUAGUAGGCCUGUAGAAAUAUUAGGCUACUGCAAUAGCCUAUUGAAAUAUUCUGUAUCUUUUAUCCUCCAGAAAUUAGGUUAGACCGGUGGUAUUUCAUUAUGGCACUGUGACUGAAUAAGUAACAGGUUCCUUAUGGCACUGUGACUGAAUAAGUAACAGGUUCCUUAUGGCACUGUGACUGAAUAAGUAACAGGUUCCUUAUGGCACUGUGACUGAAUAAGUAACAGGUUCCUUAUGGCACUGUGCCAGUGACUGAAUAAGUAACAAAUUCCUUAUGGCACUGUGACUGAAUAAGUAACAGGUUCCUAAUGGCACUGUGACUGAAUAAGUAACAGGUUCCUUAUGGCACUGUGACUGAAUAAGUAACAGGUUCCUUAUGGCACUGUGACUGAAUAACAGUAACGUUGUUAUGUCUGUCAGAUCUGGCCGUCCGUUCCCAGUAUGUCCGGAGGGCAGCGAAGUCAGUAGCUGUACUAGAACUAUGGACCCUGUUGCCUUCAACGCCUACACGGAGUUCUUCACCCAUGCCCACAGCAUCUGUCAACACCUGCAGAGCGAGAGCUGGCAACAUCAGGCCGAGAACACCAUCCACAGGUCCAGUACUGUGUGCACAACACCAUCCACAGGUCCAGUACUGUGUGCUGAACACGGGUCCAGUACUGUGUGCUGAACACGGGUCCAGUACUGUGUGCUGAACACGGGUCCAGUACUGUGUGCUGAACACCUGAGAAGAAUAAGGGUGGUAAACCUUCUUCCUGGAGGGCUACUGUGGAGGCUUUUUGCUCCGGCCCUGCUUCAGCUAAUCAAGGGCCCGAGGAGCAGGAACAUGGGUGGUCCUCUGGUCCUCUGGUCCCCUGGUCCCCUGGUCCCCUGGUCCUCUGGUCCUCUGGUCCCCUGGUCCCCUGGUCCUCUGGUCCUCUGGUCCCCUGGUCCUCUGGUCCUCUGUAGCUCAGCUGGUAGAGCACGGCGCUUGUAACGCCAGGGUAGUGGGUUCGAUCCCCGGGACCACCCAUACGUAAAAAUGUAUGCGCACAUGACUGUAAGUCGCUUUGGAUAAAAGCGUCUGCUAAAUGGCUUUAUUAUUAUUAUUAUUAUAGGAGCAGAAGGGUUGGCUUCCUGCUGCAUACAGUGUUGGUUCAUGUAUGGUUAAGAAAUAUGACCAAUGGGAAGCAGGAUUAAAACAGUUUUACCAGUGUUCACGAUUCACCUCCAUUAAUUCAGUGGGUGUGUUAGUUUUGCUUCGCCAGGUGCCCCGGUUGGGCGCCGUUUGCACAUUUUUACGUUCCAUUGGUCGUAAGAUGAAAUCCCCGCUCCUCCGGCGGCACCAGGCUAUGCAAAAACGAACUGGCUCCGUAGCUUUCCAGGAGGGUUGACGAUCCAUAUUGUAGACGUUGUUUUGUUAUUGGACAAGGGAAAGUAGUAAGUCCCUGUUUUUAACCAGUGUUUUCUUCUGUUUGGUGCCCUGCUGAAUGUGGCGCUGGUGUCUAGGUUAACAGAGAGCUCAGCGGGGGUGGUGGAGCAGCUCUCCUCUACCCAGCGUAUGGCUGAGAACCUUGUGGAGGCCCAGAGCGUCGCCCUCAAGUCACAGGAGACCAUCCUACGCAACGGGGAGGAGCUCAAACACACUCUGCACCAUUCUACCCAAGGUAGCUGCCGCCCUCGGGCCUCUGUUCUGUCAAAGUGACGCUUAUCGCAAAACUAAUUUUAGAAAAUGUGCACCUCUUCCCAACUCUCCUCAGGCCUCAGAGCAGUGUUUGAUGAGAUGAGACUGUCAGCCCAGGGACAGCAGGUAGCGUUCUCAGAGAUCUUCAACCGCGUUGCUUUCCUUCAGAGUUUCAUCAUGUCGGAGUCUCACACCCUCACCAGUCUACUCUACAACUCACUGGGGUUCCUCGCUUCCUUCUUCCUCACUGCAACACAGCGGACCGCUCCAGCCAGGUGUCCUUAUGUUUUUAUAUUUCACCGUUACACAGGAACACCCUAAGGCAGGGUUCUUCAAUUCCGGUCCUGGAGGGCCGAAACACUUCUGUUUUUUUAUUUCUACCUGGUAGUUAAUUGCACUCACCUGGUGUCCCAGGUCUGAAUUAGCCCCUGAUUAGAAGGAGAGGAUGGAAAAACAGAGGUGUUUCGGCCCUCCGGGACCGGAACUGAAGAACCCUGCCCUAAGGGGUUAGAAGCAGUUUAGGGGUUAGUGCCAUGCUCAAGGGCACAAUGACGGGAUACCUAGAAUCCGACCAGAUUUUUCCCAUCUGACUUUGAAUUUGUAUUAAACCCUCCCAUUGCAGGCCUGCCUCUCUAACAUUUUAAGGUACCUGCCCGCCCCUUUGGAGUGGUUGGUGAUCCGUGUACCGUUCUGGUGACUGUCCUCUUUGUCAUGUCGUCUAUCCAGGUUUGUUCUGUUUGGUCUGGUAGUGCUGAACGUGUACCUGGAGAGGAUGCUCUGUAGAGUUGUGCUGGACUCCUCCGAACCAGGCUACCAGCAGAUGGUGAGUAGCGCGUGUGUUAGUUAACAUGCUUCGAGAGAACCUACGGGGAAUCUAAAAAAGCAUAUGUGACAGCGUGGAAAUUUCACCCAGGAAAUCGGCGGCCACUUGUACAUCUCAGGAGCGCUUGCACUUAGCCAUCUGCUACACAUAGAAAGGGGAAACUAUGGCAACACAUUGGACUAGAAAAGUCCUGAUGGAAAACUUGUCUGCUACAUUUACUGUUUUCACUCAACAUUUUCAGAGCGCUGUCUGUUGACAUACAUCUGUCAUGCCUCUUGAUGCUGCUGUUCUAACCAGCGACGGCGUCUUAAUCUUAUGGUCUGGGUUUCCAGUCUUGACUUCAUCCCUGUGUUUCUGUCCAGGAACAAAUCAGCCUGUUGGUGGGCCUCCUCAGAAGAGCCAUGGUCCUAGUGGGGCUGCUGGCUCUGGUCUACGUUGCCGUACGUUAUCGUAACGUCGCCAAAGAGAGCUUGGAGAUUCUCACCCAACUCAAAGAGACUCGUACAAGUCUUCAGCUGGCCCUGCAGAAAGCAGGUAGGUUGGGUAUAGAGUUUAGUUUUAGCCUGGUCCCAGAUCUGUUUUGUAUGGUCUUGCCAACUUGUGCGUGACACUGACCAUAUGACUUGGCUAUACAGGUAAUAAACAGGGCUGGGACCAGGCUAUCUGGUGUUCAUGGUGCACAGACUGCGGACUUGGGAGGUGUAAAUCUUGACUAUCCAGACAGAGCAAAGUCUGGAUCAAUUUGAUUUUCAAGUGAGUUUAGUCCAAUCAAACUCUUACACUUUUUUUAAAAAUUAAUUCAGUCUAAUUGUCUUCUAUGAGGAUUUAUUGUUAUUCAUGCAUACUGACUGUAACCCAACCCUCCCGGGGCCGUAUUCACGAGGACUCAAACAGGAUUCAACUGGGAGGUGACCUACAUAUAUUGGUCCAAUAAACGCGUGUUUUUGUUUUCCGUUAUAAAAAGUUUUUUUUUGUUGCUACGGUGUGAACUAAUGAAUACGACCCCACUGUCCAGAGUGUCUCUCUAAGGCGGCAGACGGGAGGAGUGGAGCAAGAGGUCGAAGGUCAGAAGAACAAUGCAGUACGAGGAAGGAGGAGAUCAGGGAAGAAGAGCACAGCACUGUACUGCUGUAUCCUACUGAUCAGGGAUCAGAGAAACCCUACAUGUCUCACACCUAUGAUGGUGAGUAGAAUUACACUCAUAAAAUAAAAAAUACUAUUUUUACAUUCCUGUGUUCGUCAGAGACCUAACUCCUUAACACGAGGUCUGCAGGUAUAAAUCAUAAUUAACAUACGUGUUCUGUUAUCAACAUAACGGAUUUCUGUGAAAGUCUCUGAGAUGCUCUGUCAUCUCGCGCUAGGAUUUGGCUCUGAAUGUGGUAUGGGCGAGGGACUAUUGUGCAACAUGGCCAGUUGUUUGUGUUGUGUUCAGGCAGGCAGUAUGACACCAGUUACGGCACCCCUGGAGGACAGGAGACCUCGCCCCAGACCCAGAGCACCCUGCCCAGCCCCGCAAGACCUCAGCGUCGCUCUUCUGUCUCUAGACGCGCCCCGUCCUCCCCUUUGGUCUACAGUAUAUUGGUGGAAGAUAAGAAGGUAGACUUGUUGAUUUUAGGGUUGCGCAAUUUCUGUAACUUUUUCAUAAACUUCCCUGGUUUUCCAGAAAUCCAUGUCGGGAUUCUUUUUUUCCCCCCCUGCUGAUUCCCUCGUAAUUCCAGGAAUCUUCAAACCAAGAUUUCUGGAGAACCUGGGAAUUUUGGGAAAGUCACUGGAAUUUUGGAACCCUACUUGUGGUCCUCUGUAGCUCAGCUGGUAGAGCACGGCACUUGUAACGCCAAGGGUAGUGGGUUCGAUCCCCGGGACCACCCAUACACAAAAAUGUAUGCACGCAUGACUGUAAGUCGCUUUGGAUAAAAGCGUCUGCUAAAUGGCAUAUUAUAUUAUUAUUGUGAUAUUCCCUGUUCCUGGAGAGAUGCUCUCCUGUAGGUUUAAACUCUAAACCUGUUCCUGGAGAGAUGCUCUCCUGUAGGUUUAAACUCUAUCAAAUAUUAUCAAAUUUAAACUUUUUUUUUUCUCCCCCUCUCCAUGUUCAUGGAUGUUUUCAAUGACCUUGCCCCCUGCAGACACAUACAAUCUGAGGAACCGGAGGUCUUCUGUGUCAAGGCUGGGGACAGACUGAGAGAUGGACUGUAAUGGGGCUGGGGACAGACUGAGAGAUGGACUGUAAUGGGUCUGGGGACAGACUGAGAGAUGGACUGUAAUGUGGGGACAGACUGAGAGAUGGACUGUAAUGGGGCUGGGGACAGACUGAGAGAUGGACUGUAAUGGGGCUGGGGACAGACUGAGAGAUGGACUGUAAUGGGGCUGGGGACAGACUGAGAGAUGGACUGUAUGGGGCUGGACAGACUGAGAGAUGGACUGUAAUGGGCUGGGGACAGACUGAGAGAUGGACUGUAAUGGGGCUGGGGACAGACUGAGAGAUGGACUGUAAUGGGGCUGGGGACAGACUGAGAGAUGGACUGUAAUGGGGCUGGGGACAGACAGAGAGAUGGACUGAGAUGAUUCAUGCUUGACCCUGAGAGUUGUUGAACUACGGUCAACCUGUCUGGUUCACAGCAGUGAAGCGGCUGAGAACACGAUAUGGGGCGAAAUAAUAUUGGCCAUUUUCUUGACCGUGAAUAGUGCUGCUCUUCAGGAAGUAAAAUGCAAAACUGUCUCUUAAUCUUGUGUUUUAAAUAAAUGUAAGCUUUUAAAUGUUUUGCUACGUGUGUGUG